UUAGGGUAUUGCUUUCAUUUCAUUCGCAUUCUCAUUCUCGCUCUCGCUCAUUCAUUCCUUAGCGUCGUUGUUGAAUCGAUUAUUCUCGAAGAUGGGUAAAAACAUCGUUCCUGUAAAAUCUGUGGUGUAUGCUCUUUCUCCUUUCCAGCAGAAAAUCAUGCCCGGUCUGUGGAAGGAUCUUCCCACCAAAAUUCAUCACAAAGUCUCCGAAAAUUGGAUCAGCGCUCUUCUAUUGGUUGUUCCCGUCGUCGGCACCUACUCGUAUGCUAUGCACUUCGUGGAACAGGAGAAGCUCCACCACAGGUACUGAGCUCAUGCGAGGAUAGAUUGGAUAAUCUUCGAGUUUGUUGUCGUUAAUUUUGUUCAGCUAGUCAAUAAUGUGACAUUGGUGAAACUAGCUCUUGCCCUUUGGUUGAAAUAUUUGAGCUUUGGCUGUUUCAACUAUGGUUUUAAAUGAUAUUUUUCUUUGUUUUGCAUGUUACAAAAGAUAAUAUAUGUCCUGUUAAUAAUGUUGUGAUGAGUGCCAAAAUGAAUUUAUAUGUUAAACUUUGGACUGGUCUUUUGAUUUAUGUAAUGUAACAAUCACUCUACCCCUAUGAUGAAAUUAGUGUAUUUGAAUAAAAUAAUCGCAUUUACUAGUGGUUACAUCA